GACUGUGCGGGAAGGCGGAAGUGGUUUAGCCUGGGAGCGCCCGGCGCGCGGAUGGCUGGCCCCUGGCCCCGAGGUGCUCUGCCCGUGGGGCCGGCGGGGCCUGGGGGGCCGGGGCGGCCGCAGGGGCGGCAGCAGCAGCUGCGGGGGAAGCAGCACUCAGCGCCAUGGCCCGGACCGCGCAGCAAAGAAAAAAAGAAAGUGAAUUGCAAGCCUAAGAACCAGGAUGAGCAGGAAAUCCCCUUCCGGCUCCGAGAGAUUAUGAGGAGCCGCCAGGAGAUGAAAAAUCCCAUCAGUAACAAAAAGAGGAAGAAACAAGCCCAGGCAGCCUUCAGAAAGACACUGGAGAAGGAAGCAAAAGGAGCCGAGCCAGACAUCGCUGUCCCCAAGUUCCAGCAGAGGAAGUGGGAGUCUGACGGGGCCUACAUCCAGCGAAUGGAGGAAGAGGCCCAGCACGUGCUCUUCCUCAGCAAGAACCAGGUGGCCCGGCAGCCCGAGGUGCAGGAAGCUCCCAAAAAGGAGAAGUCAGAGCAGAAGAAAGCCUUCCAGAAACGGCGGCUGGAUAGAGUCCGGCGGCGGAGGGAGGAGAAGGCCGCAGAAAGGCUGGAGCAGGAGCUCCUCCGAGCCUGGGAAGAAAUCGCUGAUGCUGAGGAUGCUUUUGAGCCCUGGUGGCACGUCCCAGCCUCUGACCACGUCACUGGCCCGACAGCGGAUUAUUGGGGAGGAGAGAGAGCGGGCCGUGCAGGCCUACAGGGCACUAAAGAAGCGGCAGGGGGCUCGAUCACCGCAGCCGCCCUGCUCUCCCCACCUGGCUUCCAGGAAGAAGGCAGAGACGCGUCUGUGACGGCAAGACCAGGGCCUCCACACCUGGGUUUGGGGAGGACGUGGAUGGCCUGGAACAUGCUGGGGCCCCCAGGCCCCCCACGUACUCGCUCUCCAGUGCAAAAGAGGCUCUGGGCCUUUGCUCUCUCGUUUUUUCUCCCUAAGAUGGCUUUUCUGUGAGUGACCAUCUACUGGGCUGUUCCUCACAGGGCAUGAUCUGUCCCAAGUGCCCAGAAUGGCCAGCACCUGUUUGGGACACAGCCAGUCAGGCACACCUAGCAUCAUUCGUCGCAGCUUUGUUCUGAUUACACAGGUCCAGGCUCAGAUAAGCCAGGGCCGCUUUAGGGAGGAUGAUCCCAUAAUCCUGUGCUUCGACGCCAGUCUGCUGGAGACAGUGCAGACUGGGUCAGCUGAAUCUGUAACUGAAGCUCCGCAUGGUUCAACAGCGCAGCUCGGCUGGAAGCACAGGCCGGGCAGUGGGCCGGAGCAGGGGUGAGGGGGGCAGGGGUCAGGGUCUAGGCCACCAGGACCUGCUUCUGGCACCUUGUCCCUGCAGAGGCAGGUGCAGCCCACCCAGGCUUUCACUGGGAUAUGGAGACAGGACACCACCCACACCCAGUGGGUUUGAGAGGUUUGUGUUCUCGAGUGUUUGGGGAAAGAAGAGCAGGUCUGAAGCAGCUUGAGGGCAAGGACAGAACCCUGGCCCGGGACCUUCCCGAGGCUGAAAGGGUUAUGUGGGGAAUUCCUGCCAACAGCAGGGCCUGGCAAGCUUUGAAUCUCCCACCAGAGCCAAAGGAGGGAGCACCCAGAUGUUACCAGUGUGAUUAGCUGUGGGGCGCGGGGCGCGGGGUGCUGAGACUGUAGGGUUCUCGGCAAUGGAACACGAAGGGGAGCAUCGUACUGCUCAUAUCCUUGUGAGGACAGCACUCGGCUCCUUCCUUGGGCUCGGACAGCUCAGGAACUGCCAUGUCUCAGCCUUGGCCAUGGUGGCCCUACAGAAAGUGUGGGGUAGCGUGCUUCUGUGGGAUCCUUUUUUGUCUUUCCCUGUUUGCAUCCUUUACAAUGUUUUGUGUUUGUUUUUUUCCAAAUUAAAAACUUGAGGGCGCCUGGGUGGCUCAGUUGGUUGAGCGACUGCCUUCGGCUCAGGUCAUGAUCCU